UCACCCCAUUCCACUCGCGCUUCCCGAGAACGCCGCCGCUAAAUAUUACUCGUCGCUUGUACCUUUCCCCAUUCUCCUCGUCCGCCGCUCCCGCGCCGCACCGCUUCCUCCGCCGCGCUUUUUUCCACCCUCUGCUUCCCCUGGAGCGCUACGAUGGCGUUGGGCGCCGCGAUUUCUCGGGCGAUCCCUAGGAGGGCUCUAUCAUCGGCCGCCACGUCAGCGCGAUCCGCGUCAUCCUGGUGGGGCCACGUGGAGCCGGCCCCGAAGGACCCGAUCCUCGGCGUCACCGAGGCGUUCCUCGCCGAUCCGAGCCCCGAUAAAGUUAAUGUCGGCGUUGGCGCGUACCGCGACGACAAUGGCAAACCAGUGGUGCUUGAAUGUGUUCGAGAAGCUGAGAGGAGGAUCGCCGGGACCCUAAACAUGGAGUAUCUUCCAAUGGGAGGAAGUGUUAAGAUGAUUGAGGAGACACUGAAGCUGGCGUAUGGAGAGGACUCUGAGUUCAUAAAAGACAAAAGGAUCGCAGCUGUGCAAGCUCUAUCAGGGACCGGUGCAUGUCGGCUCUUUGCAGACUUUCAAAAACGUUUCUUGCCUGACUCCCAGAUUUAUAUACCCAUACCAACAUGGGCGAACCAUCAUAACAUUUGGAGAGAUGCUCGAGUGCCACAGAGAACACUCCGAUAUUAUCAUCCGGAAUCGAAAGGACUGGACUUUGCAUCAAUGAUGGAUGAUAUUAGGAAUGCUCCGAAUGGUUCGUUCUUUCUGCUUCAUGCAUGUGCACAUAAUCCCACUGGGGUAGAUCCUUCUGAAGAACAAUGGAGGGAGAUAUCAUAUCAGUUCAAGGUCAAGAAUCAUUUCCCGUUCUUUGACAUGGCGUACCAAGGUUUUGCUAGUGGCGACCCAGAAAGAGAUGCCAAGGCAAUCCGAAUCUUUCUUGAGGAUGGACAUCCAAUCGGCUGUGCCCAAUCAUAUGCAAAGAACAUGGGACUUUAUGGGCAGAGAAUAGGAUGCCUAAGUAUUCUCUGUGAAGAUGAGAUGCAAGCAGUCGCUGUGAAGAGUCAAUUGCAACAGCUUGCUAGGCCUAUGUACAGCAACCCGCCCGUUCAUGGUGCAUUAAUAGUUUCAACAAUCCUUGGUGAUACAGAACUAAAGAAUUUAUGGCUGAAGGAGGUCAAGGGCAUGGCUGAUCGUAUAAUAGGAAUGAGAAAAGCACUUCGUGAGAAUCUUGAAAAGCUUGGGUCACCUUUAUCUUGGGAGCACAUAACUAACCAGAUUGGGAUGUUCUGCUACAGUGGAUUGACUCCUGAACAAGUCGAUCGAUUGACAAGUGAAUUUCACAUAUACAUGACGCGAAAUGGUCGAAUUAGUAUGGCAGGUGUGACUACCGGCAACAUCGGCUAUCUAGCUAAUGCUAUUCAUGAGGUCACCACAUCCUCAUAAGGUUUAUACUCUCUUGCCUUAAUAUGAAGAAAACGAGGCUUUCACUAAAAUUUUAUGAGGCUUUUUUGUCCAUAGACCUUCUAUGCGGUCCUCUUAAAAAAUAAAUUACAUUUAUUUAUCAGAAGAUCUGAAGGGAAAGGAAAUAACUGCUCUGGUUCAUUUUUGAGCGUGUAAAAUGCUUGUUCUGUUUGGCUUUUGAGACGAGUCGUACAUUUGUGACAUUAUCAUGAGGUGCAAGUGCUUAUGAAAAUUAAUUACUAAAGAGACAAAGCAAUUGUUGA